AUGGAGGGGACACACGGAGACCCCCAGGGACAUGCGGGGACCGCCGGGGACACUCGGGGACCUGAUGUCCCCUCGCUGAGUGGGGACAAUUCCCUGUCACUGACAGCACCAGGGGACACCCGCUCAGGUGUGUCCCUGCCGAGCCCGCCUGGGGACACGGAGCCCGACGGGGACAAAGUGUGCGCCGUGUGCGGGGACAGGGCCAACGGGUACCACUUCCACGUGAUGAGCUGCGAGGGCUGCAAGGGCUUCUUCAGGCGCUCCAUCCUCAAGGGUGUCCGUUUCACGUGUCCCCUGGCGCGGCGCUGUCCUGUCACCAAGGCCAAGCGGCGACAGUGCCAGGCCUGCCGCCUGCAGAAGUGCCUGGACGUGGGCAUGAGGAGGGACAUGAUCAUGUCGGAGGAGGCGCUGCGGCGGCGGCGGGAGCUGCGGGGACAGCGGGGACAGCCCGGGGGACAGCGGGGACACGAGGGGCUGACGGCCGAGCAGCAGGAGCUCAUCGCGCUGCUCAUCGGCGCCCACCAGAGAACCUUCGACUCCAGCUUCUCACAGUUCAUGCACUGCUGGCCCGCCGUGCGCCUGCUGGUGCCGAGCGCGCCGGGCGGGGCGGUGGCGGCGGGGCUGUCGCUGUCGCUGUCGCCGCGGGAGGAGGCGCUGCCGGACGUGCUGUCGCUGCUGCCGCAGUUCGCGGACCUGAGCACGUUCAUGAUCCAGCAGGUGAUCAAAUUCGCCAAGGAGAUCCCGGUCUUCAGGAGUUUGCCGCUGGAGGCGCAGAUCUCGCUGCUGAAAGGGGCCACACUGGGGAUCUGCCAGAUCCGCUUCAACACCGUGUUCAACCCCAAAACCAAGGCCUGGGAGUGCGGGCAGCGCUGCUACACCAUCCGCGACGGGGCCCUGGCCGGGUUCCAGCAGGUGUACCUGGAGCCGCUGCUCAAGUUCCACGAGAGCCUGAGGCGCCUGCGGCUGCACGAGGCCGAGUACGCGCUGCUCCAGGCCAUGCUGCUCUUCUCACCAGACCACGCCGGCAUCGCCCAGCGCGACGUCAUCGACCAGUUCCAGGAGAAGGUGGCGCUGACCCUCAAGAGCUACAUCGACCACCAGCACCCCCCCGAGGAGGGCAGGUUCCUGUACGCCAAGCUGCUGCUGCUGCUGACGGAGCUGCAGACGCUGAAGGUGGAGAACACGCGGCAGAUCCUGCACAUCCAGGACCUGUCGGCCAUGACGCCGCUGCUCUCCGAGAUCAUCAGCUGA